AUGCCAAACAAGCAAAAGAAAGACAAGGAGUCAGGAAAGCCCAAGGACAAGCCUAAGAAUGGCAAGGAUCCAGAACCUGGGGACGAGAAUAAUAAGGUGGCGGGUGGACCGCCUGGAGGGAGCACUCCACCACCGCCUACGUUGAUCAACAAAAUGAAAUACCAACCGGGUGGUCCGGUUAUCAAGAAGGACAAAAGGCAAAACAGCUCGAGGUUCAAUAUAUCCAAGAAUCGUGAACUACAAAAAUUACCCUUCAUUGCCGAAGCUCAAGCACCAAACGAACGGGAAGAACUUUUUAUUCAGAAAUUACGGCAGUGCUGCGUGCUGUUUGAUUUUGAAUCUGAUCCAUUAUCUGAUUUAAAAUGGAAAGAAGUGAAGCGCGGCGCAUUGCUCGAAAUGGUCGAGUAUGUUACAAAGAACAAAGGCGUAAUUACAGAAGUUGUUUAUCCCGAGGCAGUAAACAUGUUUGCUGUGAAUCUGUUCCGGACCCUCCCACCGUCCUCGAAUCCGAAUGGCGCCGAGUUUGAUCCGGAAGAGGACGAGCCAACCCUUGAGGCUGCCUGGCCUCACUUACAAUUGGUCUAUGAAUUUUUUCUACGACUGCUCGAGUCACCGGAUUUUCAGCCGACAAUCGCCAAACGUUAUAUAGAUCACAAGUUUGUGCUACAAUUGCUGGAAUUAUUUGACUCGGAGGAUCCACGUGAACGAGAUUUCUUAAAAACGACACUUCACAGAAUUUAUGGAAAAUUUUUGGGUCUACGCGCGUACAUUAGAAAGCAGAUAAAUAAUGUUUUCUAUCGAUUUAUUUAUGAAACUGAGCAUCAUAAUGGAAUUGCCGAGUUGCUAGAGAUUCUUGGGAGUAUUAUCAAUGGUUUUGCUUUACCGCUCAAAGAAGAGCACAAGAUAUUUUUGCUAAAAGUUCUUUUACCUCUUCACAAAGCCAAGUCGUUGUCUGUUUAUCAUCCGCAACUUGCAUACUGUGUUGUACAGUUUCUUGAAAAAGAUCCAAAUUUAACGGAGCCAGUCAUAAAAAAUCUUCUUAAAUUUUGGCCCAAGACUCACUCACCCAAGGAGGUCAUGUUCCUCAAUGAACUCGAGGAAAUUCUAGAUGUUAUCGAGCCUGCUGAGUUUCAAAAAGUUAUGGAUCCACUUUUUAGACAACUUGCUAAGUGUGUUUCUUCUCCACAUUUUCAGGUGGCAGAACGAACAUUGUAUUAUUGGAACAAUGAAUACAUUAUGUCGUUAAUAUCCGACAAUUACUCAUUUAUUUUACCAAUAAUGUAUCCUGCAUUAUAUAAAAAUUCGCGUAAUCAUUGGAAUAAAACAAUUCAUGGAUUGAUUUAUAAUGCAUUGAAACGUCUCAUGGAAAUGAAUCAAAAAGUUUUUGAUGAAUGUACUCAGCAAUAUUUCCAGGAUCGGCAAAAAGAAAAACGAAUGCUGAAAGAUCGUGAUGAAGCAUGGAAUCGUGUGGAAGCACUUGCAAUGCGACAUCCAAGUUACACGGUGGUUACGAAAGGUCUCCUAAACAAUUCGCACAAUCUGUCGCAGCAUUUGGACAGUCCACCGUUGGACGAGGACGCUGAUAAUGAUGCGACACCGCUUACGUUAGAAAAAAUCGAGGCUAAGGCUAACGAGGCAAAAAAGAUGACAAAUACCAAUAAAUCAAAGCCGUUGUUACGAAGAAAAAGUGAACUACCACAGGACUCGUAUACAAUGCGAGCACUCUCAGAUCAUAAACGUGCGGAUGAGUACCUCGUUACACCACCAGAUCCAAACAACUGCUAG